UCUACACAUAAAGAAAAUGGGUGUGCAAGGCACAGCACAGCUAUAAAUAUAUUUCCCAUUAGACAAGCAUUGCUUUGAUUGACCUGUGAUUACCGCUACUCUCUCCCCUCAACCACCAGUAGAGUUGUUGUUUUUUCUCUUUCCUCCAUGGAUCCCUACAAGUACCGUCCAUCAAGCGCUUUCGGUACCCCAUACUGGACUACAAAUUCUGGAGCUCCGGUUUGGAACAACAACUCGUCUUUGACCGUUGGAUCUAGAGGUCCAAUCCUCCUUGAGGAUUACCAUCUGGUGGAGAAGCUUGCCAAUUUUGACAGGGAGAGGAUUCCAGAGCGUGUUGUCCAUGCUAGGGGAGCCAGUGCAAAGGGUUUCUUUGAGGUUACCCAUGAUAUCUCUGGCCUCACAUGUGCUGAUUUUCUCCGGGCUCCUGGAGUUCAGACACCUGUCAUUGUCCGCUUCUCCACAGUUAUCCAUGAGCGUGGCAGCCCUGAAACCCUGAGGGAUCCACGUGGAUUUGCAGUGAAGUUUUACACCAGAGAGGGUAACUUUGAUCUCGUGGGAAACAAUUUCCCUGUCUUCUUCAUCCGUGAUGGAAUGAAAUUCCCAGACAUGGUGCAUGCCCUUAAGCCCAACCCUAAGUCUCAUAUUCAGGAGAACUGGAGGAUUCUUGACUUCUUCUCCCACCAUCCUGAAAGUUUGCACAUGUUCUCCUUCCUAUUUGAUGAUUUGGGUGUUCCGCAAGAUUAUAGACAUAUGGAAGGCUCUGGUGUUAACACCUACAUGUUGAUCAACAAGGCUGGAAAAGCCUAUUAUGUGAAAUUUCAUUGGAAACCUACUUGUGGUGUGAAAUGUUUGUUGGAGGAUGAGGCAGUUAAAGUAGGAGGCACAAAUCACAGUCAUGCUACUCAGGAUCUAUAUGACUCCAUUGCAGCUGGCAACUAUCCUGAGUGGAAACUUUUCAUCCAGACAAUUGAUCCUGACCAUGAAGCCAGGUUUGAUUUUGACCCACUUGAUGUAACCAAGACCUGGCCUGAGGAUAUCUUGCCCCUGCAGCCAGUUGGUCGCUUGGUCUUGAAUAAGAACAUCGACAACUUCUUUGCUGAAAAUGAGCAGCUUGCUUUCUGCCCUGCUAUUGUGGUUCCUGGUAUUUACUAUUCAGAUGACAAGCUACUCCAGACUCGAAUCUUCUCCUAUGCUGAUACCCAGAGGCACCGUCUUGGACCAAACUAUCUGCAGCUCCCUGCUAAUGCUCCCAAGUGUGCUCAUCAUAACAAUCACCAUGAAGGUUUCAUGAAUUUCAUGCACAGGGAUGAGGAGGUCAACUAUUUCCCAUCAAGGUAUGAUCCAGUUCGCCAUGCUGAGAGUUUCCCCAUUCCUCCUGCUGUCUGCAGUGGAAAGCGUGAGAAGUGCAUCAUUGAGAAGGAGAACAACUUCAAGCAACCUGGAGAAAGAUACCGAUCCUGGGCACCAGACAGGCAAGAACGAUUUAUUUGCCGAUGGGUUGAUGCCUUAUCUGACCCACGCGUCACACAUGAGAUUCGCAGCAUCUGGAUCUCGUACUGGUCUCAGGCUGAUAAAUCUUUGGGUCAGAAGCUAGCAUCUCGUCUCAACGUGAGACCAAGCAUUUGAAGACGACACCAAAGCUCAAUAUUCCGAGUUGCAGAAACUGAGUAAAUGAAAAGGGGAUUGCAGAUUGCAAGCAGAAGAUCAAAUUAUAAUCUUUGCUAGUUGUGCUGUGCUAUAAUAGUGAAUCAAACUUGCAUGUUAUGUGUGACUUCUACUCUUGAACAAACAUUCUUCUCUAAUAAAUGCAAACUGUGUGCCCUUUAGGCUUUAUGUAAAA